AUGUCUUCUGAUAUCAAUGUUACCGUGGCUUCUUUCAUAGAUAGACUGAAAAGAAGACAGAUCUACGGGUCUUACCAGGUGUCGCUGGAAACCCUACAGCUACUGAAAAGGUUUGUUUCCGCAGCUCGUUGGACCAACAUAAACGACCUGAUUUCACAACUGCGAGCGCUCGGCAGCAGGCUUGCAAAGGCGCAGCCGACAGAGUUUACAUGCGGUAACAUCAUAAGACGAGUGCUCGCGUUGAUUCGCGAUGAGGUCGAGGAAGAAAUUGCUUCAGCGAUGGUCCAAAACAACGCCGAGCCAAUGAUAUCCUCUAUGUUUAGUCUUCUGCAAAAACCCGUGGCCACGCCCUCCCAGCGCUCCGUCGAACAUCCUAAGGCCGACAUACGGCAAGUGAUUAUUCAGGGCAUCAAAGACCUGAUAGAUGAGAUCGCAAACAUAGACGACGGGAUCCAGCAAAUCGCCAUUGAUCUGAUUCACGAUCGCGAGAUACUGCUAACGCCCACUCCCGACUCAAAGACCGUGCUUAAAUUCCUCAUUAAGGCUCGUGAGCGCAACAACAGAGACUUCACGGUGCUAGUAUCUGAGGGCUUUCCCAACAACACGCACGUCGCACACCAGUUCGCGAAGAAGCUUUCCGAGCAUGGCAUCGAAACCACAGUUAUACCGGACACUGCGGUCUUCGCGCUUAUGAGCAGGGUCGGAAAAGUCAUCAUCGGCGCCAAAACUGUUUUCACCAACGGAGGCACCAUCUCCUCCACAGCCGGUGUCUCCUCAGUGUGUGAAUGUGCCCGCGAGUUCAAAACGCCUGUUUUUGCUGUAGCUGGUCUAUACAAGCUCUCUCCCCUGUACCCCUUUGACAUCGAGAAGUUCGUUGAGGUGGGUGGCUCUCAGCGUGUCCUGCCUACUAUGGAGAACGACCGUGUGGGCAAUCAUAACCGGCUUGACACCGUGAACCCUAUAGCAGACUACGUUCCGCCAGAGAACAUCGACAUCUACAUCACCAAUAUCGGCGGUUUUGCCCCCAGUUUCAUAUACCGUGUUGUUUGGGACAACUACAAACAGCAGGAUGUGAACCUGGAGGCUAAUUGA